CGGAGGGUUUUGACUCUUCGCGGAUAGUCAGUGCGGUGCUAGCGUACGUAAAGUAUCGGCGUCGUGCAAAAUCGUUUACGACGCGACUACGUGUAUCAGUGAAACGCGUAAUGGCCUUCACGAAAUUGCCGAGGUGAGUCAGGGAUGAGCGGCGGGGCGGCCGUGCUACCUCCCGUGCCGGACCUGAUCCCCAUCGCGGCCCUUCAACGGCGCCCUAUGGGCGAGCAGCGCCCCCGGCGGCGGGCGCCCGCCGACGAAUUGAUCGAUAACGGCUUGCCGGUCGGGUCACGUGGAUCGAGCGGUGCCGCCCCGCAGCCGCCGACGCCGCCGUCCCGGACUAGAAGACGACGCCGCCGCCGUAAAUCAGAUCACCGUAGACGCGAGCAUCAACGGGUUGAGAACGACGACGUUCGUUCUGUUGGUAAACAAGGCAAUUGUGCAAGUCCCAAUCCGGAACCGGAGACAACGCCGCGCGUGAACCCCAUAUUCGUGUGGGUCCGGCAGGAAGAUACGCGAAUCGUGGACGUGAAAUGCGAGGACUACGACAAACGGAACCGCAUCCUGCUGACGAAGACGGCGCACGGAUGGCGGGCCAUUCCCCGUACCGAAACGUUGGCUCCUUCGUUGACGGCUGACGACGAAAACGAGGCCGUCUCCCAACACCAUCAUCACCAUCACCAUCACCAUCGGCACCAUCACAGGAGACGGCCGAAGGGGAAGGGGAAGGGACGUCAGAAGACGGCCUCGGUGCAGUUCCCGGAACCGGACUCGGAACCGGAAGCGUCCUGGGCGGAUUCGGAGAACGUGAACGUGGAAUCGCUGCUGCCGAGUCAUACGAUUCACGUAACGAGGACGUCCUCUGUGUCCCCGUCGAAUGUAAACAGUGCGGUGUCGGAAUAUGCGCAGCAGUCGGAUAAAGUGUGUGACGUCAGUCCUCUAGACAAUCUUCUCGCGGUCGCGGAACUGGAAUUCAAACAGCAGAUCCAGUCGGGAGAGUGGAGCAGCUGCGGGGGCGACGACAACGCCAACGAUGUGUCCUACAAGAGUAACGACCCGAAUUCGGGAUCGUUUAGCAACGCAGACGAGUUAGCGGAGACCAAAUCCGAGGUGGGUGAUUACAACGAAGACGACGAGGCCAGCCUGGCGAUGAACGAUAUCUUGUCCAGGCUGGAACGGUCGUUGCAGAGUCCGGAACAGCGGAUCGACGAAGCGAUAGAUAACAAACCACUACCUGAGCACCCGGUUGACUCCGGGGUGAAGGAAAAGACUGAAGAGGUGCCGCCGUUGGAGAUCGAACCGUCAGACCAGCCGACCGACUUGUCGUUGAAAACGAAACGAGACCUCGAAUGCGAGCUUACGAUUGACGUCGGCCCGACCGACUUGAGCACGAAAAAGGGCAAUCGCUCGCCGAGGCCUCCGUCUCAGAGCUCUGAAGCGAUCCAAUCACCUCAGCCUAGCGGUAUACCGGCGGUUCCCCAGUCGCCGGACACCGUGUCCACCACGACUGCUCGAAACAAGUCCGUGUUCCUAGAGUCUUUGUUGUCGAACGCCGCCCAGAAGAUGGCGCUCAACGCGGAAGUUACGAUAACUCGUCAGAAAGAACCUUUGGACCUGGGCAACUGUCGCAAGUCGGCUAGUCCGACGGUGACGUGUUCGGAAGAGAUUAUCAACAAACCGAGCGACGAACCGCCUAGCAAACGAUUUAAACCUGACGACAUCACGUUGAAAAAUCUCCUCGACAAAAAGGACGAGGUCAAAUCGCCCGAACUGCCGAAACUGUUGAAGCUUUUGGACGAGCGUUCCGACCCCGUGACGGAAUUCAAACAGCUUCUGAGCGAAAUCGACCUCCCUGAUCCGAUCAUGGUGCCAAAACACUCGUUCCCCAACUUGCUGCGGAAUCCCAAGCGCGAAAUAUUGAAACUGUUGCGGGAAAAGUCGCACAAGGACGUUCACAUAGAAGACAUACUAGUCGUGUACAAGGAAAAACUUCUAUCAGCCUUGGAGAUGAAUUCGAGGUGCGCGGAAGAUACGAAACCUGAGAAAAAAGCGGAACGGCCGGAAAAGCCCGAAGAAGGGAUUAGGAGGACGGCAUCGGUCGAAUGUUCGGGCAAACGUUUGUCGCCCGAACAAAACAUCUCGGCCAACGAUAUCGACGCGGCAACAGAAGCGGCCUUUAACCAGAUGAUGUGGUUCCCGUACCAGAACCAUCUCGCGAACAAUCAGGACCUUUUGCAAGCUCUUUACAGUUCGUUACCGUUCGUGCCCAAUCAGUACAACGAACUGCCGACCGGUCUGCAGAUGAUGCUGGGUAACAAGGUGCCGCCGCCUCUAUCGCCAGUCGGAUUUCCGAUGCCGCCCAUGAACUUUACCAAUCCGCUGGAAUUUGCCAUGUGGCAGGAAGCAGUCAUGCAGGCGAACUUGCUGAGAACCGCCAAAAAUCCGUACGAAAAUUCGAUUCUGAACCAACCCUUCAGAGGUAAUAAGUCGCAUAAAAAACCCCAUCAGAGCGGCAACUCGAGGACCUCGGGUAAGAUUCAGCAGCAGCAGACUCUCCUGCAGGGCCGUUACGGCCAGACGAAUGUGGAAAAUCAUCAGAACUACCAAAAUCCGUACUUGGGGCUCGGCGGGUUCCAACAGGGCAGCAACAAUAUCAGCUUAAACGUGCCCCAGUACCAUCCGUUCCACCACAAAACCAAUCAAGUUGGAAACAAGCACCGUGUCGGUCAUAGUCAAAAGCAGAAAGAAGCGCAAUUGCUGAGCGGUUUGAACCACCAGGAGCGGCAAACUCAGCGACAAUUCCGUAUGCCCAAAGACUAUUUCCAUCAGCAGAGCAAACAGUACAAUCAUCAUUCGGUGCAUCAGCACAAGGCGAGCGCGUCUUCCGCGGCGGGCAAACCUUUUGCGCUUCCCAGAGGUCUUCAACCCGAGACGGUACAGAGACAGGGCAAUUAUCAGCCUAUCGAUUUGUCGGGCGCGCAGAACGGAAACACCAAGGUCAAAGGCGCGGCGAAGUUGCCUUACGGUGGGACGUCGUCGUCGCCAUCGUCGAAGGGCCACGAGGAAAUGCCCGAGGUGGGUAGCACGACUGCCAGUAUAGAAGAGAUGCAGGACGCGCACACUCACCUCUGGCACCCGUUGUUCGGAAGCAACAAGGGAUACGGCCAGUGGGGCGUGCCACCAGUGACCGCGACGGGGGAAUAACACAGGUUUCCUCCUCCGAAGGCGAACUUUUGGAGGACCAGCGCACACCACCUUCAGGGCUCCAGACGUGUCACCGAAAUGACUCCAUUAGCAACAGGGUUCGAUUUUGAUUUCCUUUCCAAAUGAAGUUGACUCACGCAUCAGUGAUCGGACAAUCUGGUAAAUUGGGUUCUUGGCCAGGGCCCAUAUUCACUCACAAAAACUACAUAUACUUAUGAUCCAUGUAUACCAACUUGUUAUUUAUUUUGCACUGGAUUCGUGAACAUCAGGCACACAAGUUUGCGAGGAACACUUUUACUUCCGAGUUUUAAUUGGACUUACCGCCUCGAGCUGAUACAAAAGGCCACUAGUGUAGCCUUAGUCUUCUAUGAGUACUAAAUGCUAAAAACUAAAGAAAAGCGCAAAGCGCAUAAUGCCAUAUCAUGAUAUAGAAAGAAUUGAGUUAAUUACGCUAUAACAAUUUUAUGGCAAAAUGUAAAUCCAUUUUUCUUUUUCUGAUGGAUAUAUAUCAGUGUAUUUCCAUACUUUUUACUCACCGCAUACGGCGUUAAAUGAAUCACGGUCUAACAUAUGAGUCACAAAGUAAUAUCAACUUGAUAGACGAAAGUCUGAAAAAUCCCCAGCCUCCAAUAGGAACAAUGGCACAUCCCUAUUGCAAAAAGCCGCUUCCUCCAGUUCUUCCACUUUUUUUAGGGUCCACUGGUCAAUUGAAAUGUAAAUCAAAUCCAUUCUAUCAAUUACAGCCCUGUUCCAGGGUAAUUGUCGCUUAAAAGCGGAACAAAAUAUAUAGGGCGACACAUCUUUUGUAUCAUUUUCAAUUGCGAUGAUCACGAAGGUCACGGGAAACUGGUGAAUGUUUACGAUGACAUUUCGACUCGUAAGCUAUUGCAUCAAAUGGUGCACAGUAAAACAGAAUCUGCUAUAUAAUUAUGUCAAAAACUGACAAGAGAUUUAUAUCGUUUUAAUACAGUACCAAAUUUUGAAGAAAACAGUUCUGGUUAAAUUAAUUGAUAAUUACGUUUCUAAGAUUUCGAAUUAUUUAAUUUUGUUUAAUUAUUUAAAAAGUUUGAACCCCUUAGCUCGCAAUUGUCGAUCUAUGAACUUUAUAGAUUUCAAAAGUGUUAUUUUCUGUUAAACGCCUACGACAAUUAACGGAUACACUCUGUAUCUGUACGCCUAAACAUGCUCAUUUGUUCGUCAGGUGUUUUCAACCAAAGAAAUCGAUUGGCAGCAAACGAUCUGGCAGGCGCAAUGUUCCAAAUUCCAAACCUGCAAAGUAUAAUUUUUUUAAAAGCCUUACUUAAAUUAACACAGAAAAAGUGUUUCACAUAUUGAAAGAAAUUUAAACAAUAAUAUUAUAAAAGUCCAAAUAUUUGCUGCAAACCUUAAAUUUACGGGAUAGAAACAUAAUCAUUAAGUAUACCAAAAUAUAAAUUUCUUCCUAGGUCUUCAAAAAUAUUUUUUAAGCUUUUGGUUUAUUUUGUCUUUUUAAUUUUUUUUUUUUUGGUACAAUGAAAAAUUUCACACAUAUUGAGUGUUUCUCAAUUUGUUGGCGCCUACUUAAAGAAAUCAAUUUUUUCCUUCAAUUAAGGAAAUCAUCACCUAGUAAUCAAAUUACAUACCUUUACUAUAUUUGUAUAAUAAUUUAUAUUUUAAAAUAUUCUCAGAUGAUUUACAUCAAUCUCAAAGAACUGAACUAUUUCUACAUGGUCCGCUUUAUAUGUCAUUUAGCUUAAUCUUUUUUUUUUAAUUAGUUAACUCUUUUACUUUUUUUAACAUUGCAAAAAUAAGUCACGGAUUGUUGUAAUGAAAUUAAUAAUUAAGUGUCUUAAACAAAAAUACUUUAAUCUAUAGACACACUUUACUAUACGAACACAGUUGCUGUAAACUAAAAAAAAGCUCUUUUUCCUGUACUCUAAAUUUCAAAUUUUAUUAUUCUUGAUGUUUGAGUUAUUAUUUUUAUUGAUUUAAUGAUUUACAAAAAUUUUGGAAAACAAUAACCGAGAUUUGACAAUAUUAACACAAAUAUUCAGAGUCGUUGCUAAAAGUUUUAUAUGCUUAUCGUCAUCAAAUUGAAAAAUCAACUUUUAACAAACAAAAAACCAUUAAGAGAUUUAUAUGAUAAUUUUACAAAACGAUGAUAAGAAUUGGACUUAAGUUAAGCCAAUAAAGAAUUAAAAAUAUAUGCACAAUAUUUCUACCCUCUAUGUUUUUCUGGUGAGAUGAGAAAAUAUAAUCUUAAAUUACUAUAAUACUAUACUAAAGUAUUAAGGAGUUACUUAUAAAGUGUAAUAUAAUACAACUGCUGCCCUUAAUAUACUUUCAACAAUAUAUCACUUAUCAUUUUGCUAUAUUUGGAUUCCGAAUUGUGUUAUCUACUAGGUACUUAUAAGGUAAAAAAUAAUUUCUUGUGCACUUCACUACAUGAUUGCAUUCCUUUGCUGGUCAUCAAGACUUAUUUUUUCAAGGAAACUUCUACAGGCUACUGUAAUACUAUUUACAAAUCUUUUGAAUUCCUCCUGCGUCAGCAAGUUUGAUUUAUCAACAACCGACUCAAGGAGAAAUCCAAAAGAUUUGUAAAUAGUAUUGGUCCACGAUAUGACCAUAAUAUUAAUAAUAAUAAUAAUCAUAAUAAUAAUAAUGAUAAUGGCUUUAUUGCAAUGUACAAUUAUAAAAGGCGAAGUUGAAGCUUUAACCUAUUUUCCUAAUCUAACCUAAUGUUAUGGCUGUUAGGUUACGGAGGUUAUGACUCUUCUAUGAUGGAUAGGCUUAGAAAAAAACAGUUUUGAAAAGAAAAGAUAAAAGCGUCACAAAAGUGAUGAGACGAUCUUUAAAGCUACUUUGUACUUCAUUAUAAGAGCUGUAGGUACACCUGAUAACUAAAUGUCUUAAAUCAAAAUUAUGAAUGUCAUGCUGAAAUUUUAUUUUUUGAUAUAAAUAGCGUGGAUAUCUGUAUGAUCUUUAUUCUAAAGUGUUUUUCUCUCAGAGGGAGCCACCCAAUGUCUCUCAUUUUGGCCAUCACUCCAUUAUCGUAUUUUCUGAUCUGUUCCAUGUGCGAACCUCCUCGAAUGAUUCGAGAAACCUAACUCGUAUCGUUUUAACGAAGAUCGGGAUAGCGAACAACGUAUGCAACAGAUCGAACGUGUAUGGCCAAUCGUUCGGAAAGGUCAAUUUGCAUUCGAAUAGCGGGAUGCAGGAAGUGGCGAUUUCGCGGAAAAGUCGCGUGGCAGAGGCGAACGAGAGAGAGAGAGAGAGAAAGAGCGCCAGGACACCGACCGUUUAAAAUUAGAAUCUCCGGUAUCGGUCCGUGUGAACUCGUGACCCCGCUUCUGAUCCUCUUCUCGUAUACUUUUGCCCGGGACGCCCGUAAAUUCGGCUAGAUACGUGCAAAGUACCGCGCAGCCGCGUCACGUCCUUCUCCAUGAUUUGCUUUUGAAAUUGAAUGAUAGUAUAUAAUCCAGUCUAAUUAGAAUUUGGGGCGCUUUCUUCUUACCGCCACCUGGUAUCAGACUCGACAGGUAACUUGAUAGAAAUGAAUUGGCAACCGAUGUUUAAUUUGGAAAGUUUGAGAAACAUUAUUUUUGACUUGUAUGGUUUUUUAGAAAGAAGUUUCAUUCAAAACUAAUGCGCCCCAAAAAUACAUACCUAGAUGAGAUUUGAGUGAAUCGGUUAAUAAUCGAAAAAGUUAUCACAAAAUAACAAUAGCAGGAUAUAUUGAACAAACUUAAAGCAUUGAAAUUUUCAAUUUGUUAAUAACUUUCUCGCUUUUUUUAAUUGUUUAUGUGAAAACGACGAUAGGCGUAUGCGCAAAUCAAAGAUCAAGAAUGAUCCUAGUAAUAUCAGAUAAGAAAAUUAUCAUCAAAUCAUUUUUUAAAUAGAGUAACUCAUCGGAAACUGCUCAAUCGAAACGCUGAUAACUGGAGGUGAUAGUUGAUUUUUUGACGAUUUUAAAAAAAAACUAGAUACGACAAAUGCGAGCAAAAAAAAAAUUUGUUUUUCAAGAACUCACUGUAACUUGUUUAUGAGUACCUAGUAAGAAAUCAUUUUGAACGUUCAAAAAAAAAAUUGCCACUCAAUUUUUUCCAAAUUUAAUAUGUAUGUCGUUAGUUUUUUCGAGUUUUUGCCAUAACUUUUUUGUUUAUUAUUCCAUUCACUCAAACCGCCAUUUUUUAGGUAUUUUCAAGGCACUUAACUUUUGCAAGAAGCCUUUUUUUGAAACUAUAGCUUCAGCUACAAGUUUCAAAAAAUGUUUUUUUCACAGCUUAAUUGUGAAUAAGCAAAACUACUAGUCUAAUACCGGGUGGCAGUUUACAGGAGAGUCACGUCGAUUUGGCUCUAAUUCGGCUGUUUCAAGUCAAAUCAGUGAAGUCAGUCGAAACAUCGUAAAAACAUAAAGUUGGCCACUUUCAUUACUUACAUAAAGGAAAUAAUUUUCAAUACUUUCCAAUACGCAGGUCCAUCUUGUUUUUAAUUAUCAAACCAAGUGACUGAGAGUUUAGCAAGCAAUGCAAACUCUCGCAGGUGUCUACAGUAGAAUAGACACGUCUUUUAUCAUAAAAUGAGGUCACUUUGAUAUACGGCACCAGACUUUUUCUUAUCUCUUCCAAUGCAUUUCGCAAGUAUUACAAUAGGGAAAUUUAUCACAAAAUGUUUUAAAGAAUAGAUUACACAUAACAAAAGAAUUUCUCAGAUUGAAGAAAAAACGCUUGGGUAGAAAAAAUAAUAGCUUAUCGAAAUAUUUCCUUAUAACAACAUUUUGUCAUUAGCAUCAGUCAGCAGAAUUUUCUCUAUAUAUGAACGAGUUAUUUAAAUUCUAAAUGCUGAAUCAUUAUAGAAAUCGGUUAGUUUUGGUUGGAAGCAGCAAAAGCAGAAGCAGGCUUGUGAAACUGAAAUUAAAUGUUUUAAAAAUUUUUCUUAGUUUAACAAUUUUGCUGUUUUGAUUCUAUUCUUCCUUUAACAAUCUGGAAAGUUUUGGAGUGAAGAGUUUAGUCUUCGUCCGAAAUUAUCUAUUCGUUUGAAAUGAAGUUAUUAUUUUAAAACACCCUACCUUCGUUUAAACUGGUUUAAACUAAAUCAAAUAGUGCAGUUGUUUUAUUUCUAAAAGCUUGAAACUAACCAAAUUUUAAUACAAAAGAAUAUGUAUAGAGAUAUACAUAGUGAGACAAGACAUUACUAGUAAUAAGUAGUAAUUAAUUAUACAAAAUUAAUUUCAUUAUUUACAAUUAAAAAAAAUUAACCCUUCCUACCGAUAAUCUGGAAAGCGUUUGUGCAACGUAUUUAUAUAGAAUAGUUGCACCAUAAGAAAAGCUUGAUUAAAAUCAUGUGCCACGGUUGUAUAUAUCGGUAAGGGAGUGUUUUAAAUAAAAUAUAAUCAUCUCGAUAGUAAAACUCUUACUCUUACUUAUUUUGUAUGUUUGCAUUUUACACGCCACUACAAACUGAACUGACAUUUAGGCUCGACAUGUCCACUGCAAUAAAUUUUUAUUGAUGUCGAAAAUAAAAACGGAAUGGAUUGCAAGGAAGAUGAUCUGAAGUGAUAAUUAAGGAAAUUGAUAAAAGUUUAAGGAGCAUAAUAAUGUCCUUCGCAUUUCGAAAAUGGGUCCGAGAUUUCAGACGAUGAGAAAUCGCGUCGUACAGUCACGUGUUUUCUUAUUAGAGCAACAGCCCCGCGAGAGAGAUUUAUACCGCCGUCCUUCAUAUAUCUCGUGCGGCGCGAGUGCCGUAUUGAUUUCGCCCGGUCGAUACCCCAGCACGCAAUUACACCACAACCCAGCGUGUCAAAUUUAGAAGGAAACGAUAUCGUGCAAUGUUGCCGCGUUUCCCGACACACCCUCCCACGCGCCGCCUUUUUCAUUCGACUUGCCCUCAUAAAGCGAAGAACCAAAUAGCAGCCGUAGCACGGAUGUUUGGCAACCGCGCACUUUCUUUAAUAAUUAAAUUAAGCUGACGUUUAUCCUAAAUUUUCCGCUCACAUCCUUCUCCCCAAAAUACAAUGUCAAGAUUUCGCUGUCGGCGAUUACAUGCGGCCUCUGGUAUAAUUUUUAUGAAACGUGCCCAUGGCAGAGUGUCUGUCUACUUUUAUCUAUGUAUAUGCGUUAUCCUUAAGCUUAUCGAAAAGGUAAAAAAAAAGUUACGGAAUUUUUUUCCUUAGAAUGCAGUGAUAUAGAUAUUUUGUUUCAUAUUUACUAUUUUUGAGCUGACAAAUCAGAAGUUAUGUUUAUGGUUCUCAGAAACAAUCAAAUCUGCUAGUAUCAAAUGCAGAAUUGUAGGUCAAGGCCUAUUGUUGAGGACAAGAAACAUAAAUAAAUGCCAAAUAUAUCUUAUCGAAUCUUGGUUUAUAAAGCACUUUAUUUUAAAUCUUUUGGCAAUUUUAUUUAAUUGAUAUACAGAGUACUUAAUGAAAAAUAUGAAUAAGCUCUGCUCUAAGUAAGCUAGUAUGGCUAUGAAAUUGUCUAUUAUGGCCUAGUCCUCUAGUCCAGCUAAGUAGUUUAAAUCCUAUUUUAAAAAUUCGAGAGUACAAAAGAAACUAAGUAUGUGCGAUUUUUUUAAAAACUCGUAAAUUUGUAGAAAAUUGAAAAGCAAACAACUAUUUCCAAUAAAAUUUUUCGAUAUUUUCAAUUUUUUAAUAUAUUUUGACAGGUGUUUAAAAACCUAUAUGUAUAAAUUCGAUCAAAAUUUGCAAUACUUAAUGACAAAAAAUAUCCCCAUAUAAUAUGGACAUUAGUGGUAACACUGUCUAUGUAUGACAAUCAUAGUUGAUGGCUAUAGUCUUAAAAAAAAUGCCCAUUUUGAUUCCUUUUCAAUCGUGUAUGUAAUUUAUAGUAAAUCAUAAUAAGUAACUAAGAAAACUAAGUUUUCCACAAAAAACUAUGUGUGACGGAAUGCAGAAUCUUAUAAAGAUUAAAAAAAUUAAUUCACAUUGGCAGAUCAUAGCCAACUAUGAUUGCCAUAUAAAGUUGAUUGAAAAUUCUCACUCGGUAGUGAAGAUAUCACCAUGAGUCUUUUAUCAUUAUUCAUUAUGCAUAACAUAGGAAACUACUGUAUAAAUCCUGUAUAAUAAUAUGCCAAUGCCAAUUCAAUUAGCUAAGAAACAUUAAGCGUAAAUAGGCGUCGAAGACACGCUUAAGUAUCUAUUAGUCAUAUCUACACAAUCUCAAUAAUCGUUUAAUUUUUAUCUUUUUCACGCUCCAAAUAUAAUGCUAAAUUUAGGCCAGGACGUUACAGUUUUUACGACGAAAAACUGACUGAUAUCAUAAACAAAAUUUACGAUAUUUAUUCUGACUGCGAAGAAACACACAACCGCUGACGUCACGCGUUGCAAACUUUCGCGAUCUUCAGCUUUUUGAACGCCGUGAUUUUGGAAGACUGCGAGUUCAGUAAAACCGACAACGUGGCAUUUACGCACUUGCCAUUAGCAGGCAUUCCGCGUAUAGAAAUGCGUAACGAACGGCAUUCCAGUUUUGGCUGAGGCCCCUGCCUGAUUGAUCGAUUGACUGAUAAAAGUGUAACCCAGUUAGUCCUUGUUUUUGUGCUCUUCUGCCCGAUUUCGGACUGCGACGACUCUUUUCCAUUGUCCGGAACGAUGUUAUUUUCGACGGCGUUUGCUAUAAAUUUCGAUUAUGCAAAAUCACGUGAAUUAUUCAUGAAGUAUUCAUUCUCUGGGGGGCGAAUCCUGACAAAAUCAAAUUUGAGCCGAAUAUACAGUUACGUGUGACAAUACGAGAGCGGAUAUGUCUUUUGCUCUCGAAAAGCCAUCGUCGAAUCGCGAAAGAUUUUGCCGUCUUGGAAAAUCACACACUUUCAAAAUGGAAGACAAAAGUGUUGCCAUACAUUCAAUAAAACAAAAUCAAGUGGUUUCGUAUCGCUUUCCCGUUUACGUGCUAGUGAUAAAGGCAAAAACGCAAGGUUGGGUCGGUAUGGCAGCGCUGUAAACUACUGUCAUCUUGCGUACCAGUGGCGUAUGAAUUAAAAUGGUCGACCAAAUUCAAAAGACGUUUAAAUUUGUGAAAAUUAAAUCAAUUUGGAGAAAUUGUUUUAACGAUUUAUAAGAUUUGCUUAUUUAACUUGAUUUAAAGAUCCGUUAUUAUUAUUAUAAAAUCUAAAGACAGGAUCUUCUAUAAAAACGUGGCAAUACGAAAGUAUAUAUUUUGAAAUGAAAUCUCCCAUAUUUUCCCAAGGAAUUUUUAUACGACAACGUAUUAAUUAAUUAAACUUCUUUUGAAAAAAUAAAGUAUUUUUAUUUGAUAAUCUGUGCUUGGAAACCUAUCAAAAUUUGCGUUAUGAUUUCGAGAGAAUUAUUAAAUUGUUUUCCAGAAAGUAUUAGUAGGAUUAUUUAACAAUUAAUCACUAAUUCGUAUGUUUAAUUUAAGCAUUUUAACUUUAUUUACUAUUUCAAUGCAUAUCUUUACAUGAUUUCGAGUAAUUAAAAAAUAAUCGUUUUUUAACGGCUUAUUUUUGGUAAAACAAGAAUUAAUUAAAUGUAGUUUACAAAGCCAAUUUUAUACUAACAAAAAUGUAUUUUUAAGUUAGCAGGUCAUUAAAUCUAUUGCAUAAAUUUAAAACGUAAAUGUACCACUUUUAUUUUACAUUCCGAGCGCACUAGAUUGCGAUAAAUUAACGUAUUUUUAUAAACGAUUAAUAAAAAUGGAUAUUACGGAAAAACUGGAAUCGGGGUAACCUUAACACAUGGUCUGAGAGCAAUAACUUAAAAUGAUAAAGAAAAAUAAAAAAGAAUAUAUUGUUUAAAUUUCCUUUGGACUUUGGAAAACCCCAUUUAUGAAAAAAUGCUUUAAGCGCUUUACUGAACUUUUACAUUUGACUAUUUUAAGGCCUAUUUUUUGGUAUUAUAAGAGGAUAAGGAUGGAGAGACCAAAGUUGACAACGUGGCAUUAGAAUUCUUGGAUGAAUCAUAUUAUGCCACAAUAUAUGGGAAUUCGAUUUAAAAGAAAAUCAUUUUUGUAUUUUCCCCCAAAUUAUCAAAAUUUAGCUACCCUAUAGAAAUGUUCUAUUUACUUUUUCAAAGAAACUUCCACAGCCUACUGUAAUACUUUUUACAAAACUUCUGGAUUCCUGCUGCUCCGUUUUUUUUCUGAGUCGAACUUGCCAACGUUUCAUAUAUCAUCCUGUUGGCUUCUUCAGAGUUUCAGUCAAGCUCUGAAGAAGUCAACAGGAUGAUUGGCGAAACGUCAGCAAGUUCGACUCAGCAAAAACCGACGCAGGAGGAAUCCAGAAGUUUUGUAAAAAGUAUGUUCUAUUUCUGCUUAGCUACACUGCUAUAUAGACACUUGUGAAACGUUACAGUUACGCAUGUUCUAUAGAACUUCUGUUCUACAGAUGUAGAAGUUAAACAGUUGAGCUUUACUUCUAGACGUAAAAGUUUCAUCGCUUUUAAUUGUAAACACUUCUAUUCAUAUUUGUACACGCAUAUAUCGAAAAUACCUACGCGAACACCGACAUUGUAUGACGAUGUGACAUAUUGCGAGAAGCAUGCAACAUGUCGUGAUCACGCAAGAAUGAGUACCAUAAUAGCAAAACGACUAAAAAAACUCGUAAAAGAACCUAAUACUACAGAUUAAGUUUUAUCUGAUUCGGUUUUAAUCGAAAAAAUUUGCAUAUAGAAAGCAGAUUUGAUCCGUUAUUAAGAUUCCGCAGCGAGAUAUUGACUUUGCUCGAGUGCAGCGAAAAUAGUCGCAUCUUGGUCUCUUGUGACGGAUCAACCGUGAAAAUCACCGAUUCGGAUACAGACUAUUGCUAGUUUACCUGCGGUAUCAAAUUUAAAAUGCUCAUUUUGAAAUUCCCCAGACGAUAUUUUUAUUUUAGUCCGAGACAGCCAAAUCUAGACUGUACGGCGGCCCCGGUAUACCUGAAAGUACAGUUUUUUCAUAUUUCCUGCAAGUGGCAAUUUCUACCUCAACACUUUGUUUAAAACCACACCUUAAGUGAAGUAAAAUUGACCUUUAGUAAUUAAAUUUUGUAAAUUAAUCAUAAACCUCAGACUAUACAACUAUUAAGAAAUUAUUGAUUGACUAAAAGCAAAUUUCAGCUUGUCUCUAUUAUUUGCCUAAUUGGGAAAAUAGCCUUUUUGAUUCUGUUACUGCAAUACAGAAUUCACAAGAAAGGCACCCAAUGAGCUUGUUAUUAUAGUUAAAUAGUAACGCAACGAGCAUGAUGUAUGAAGUAGGUCAUCGCGCAGUUAAGGAUUUAAAGAGAAAUUAGAUUGUGACCUGGUAUAUUUGCAUACGUAUUUAUGAGAGGCGAGAUGUGCAAAACAAACUCGCGAUUUUUUAUUCGAAAUCUGGGUUAACAAAGCACUUGAAUUUUUUACGGGUUUAUUAAUUAAAUUCCGCGUUUUUUACGAACAACUGAGAAUUUAAAAAUCUCUAAAGAGUUAUUAUUACCUCCAGCAAAUAUAUUUGUAGGGUGUUUUUAUUACAUUUUCGCCAAUAACUUGACAAAAAGAAAUACAAAUUUUACAACAAUGUAGUACACAGUAAAGCGAAAAUGGUGGAGCAAAUUUUGAGUAGUUUUCAAAAUUUGGUUGAAAUUUUUAUCACCAACCUAAGAACCCAUAUCCAUAACGUUUUGAAUUAAGUACAUUUAAAUAAUUUAAAAUUGUCACAAUUAGUUUUUUACAAAUAAAACUGUUGCUACUGUUUGGUUGCAGGUAUUCAGGGAAACGUAUUUUGAGCGUGACUGAAGGAAAUAGUGACGUGAUUGUUCACAAUGUACGGGUCGAAGACUAAACACAAUGUCCCGCCGGUGGGGAUCGUAAAAAAAGUACUAAUUACCGCGCCAAACAAAAUCGUACCGGUAUAUACGAAAGAACUCUGCAAAUCUGGUAUAUAGGAGGUUUUUACGGGUUUAUUGACACGCACCAGCGACUUUAUGCUCGCUUCACAUUACUAUACUUGCUCGCUUACAAGAAAACUUCCAACCCGUAUAUUCUACAAAGAUAAUAGGUAUACGUAGUUUCUAUUUUACAUGGGUAACGCGUGGAAAAAAGUUAUAACUUCAACUGAUAUCCAAGUUAAAGUUAUGAAAAUGAAACUUUUUGUUUCUUUAUUAACUUAUUCCGAUAACUUUAAUUCAUUUUAUAGUUUUUUUAACUUUUAUUCUUAUUUAACAUAAUCGAAAUUAAAAAUUCGCAUUAAAGCAGGAUCCAUGGAACUGGAUGGUAGCAUUGUAAGUAGUGUUCUGGCCUAAAUUCAGAUCAGAUUAAAAAACCUGAUUUUAAAGCACUUACGGGUCAACUAGCAAGUAUAUUUUAUACCUCACCUGGAAUUUUUUGGGAAUCUUUUGAGGAACUAUACUUUACUUUAUUUUGAUAACAGUUUUAGUUAAACAUAUUUUGUUUAGUUUACUUUUCAGCUUUUAGUUUCAUUAUCCUCUCCUUCCAUCGAAUCGACUGUAUCCAUAAAAAGGGCUAUAGAAGAGGGUCAUUUUUUAUUCCCGUAUAGAAUCCAAAUCGACUUAGUCGCCAUAGGCUUGGGCGCAAACCUAACCUAAAUAAUUGGUAAUAUCUGGUCCAAUAUAAAGGCCACAACAUGACACUAUAAAUAAUCAGUAGGAAUUUCGAAUCGUUAUGAGCUUAAUGCGAUGUUUUUAAAAGAUGUGGGUUACAUACAUUCCGUACCAGUCUCGAUGAAUUUGGUCGAGCCGGUACCGAGAUAGAUUUAUUCGAUAAAUACGGGUUUGUAAAUGUCACAUCGUAUACCUCAUUAAGGUCAUCAAUUGUAGAAAUCUACACUUGGCAACGAGAUAACCGUGUUUAAAAAUUAAUUUAUUCUGUACCCGUCGAGAUUUUUGCCUGAUGUUCUCGAUUCGGUAAUGUUAUUGCCAGAUAAAAACAUUCCAAACCCGAUUACACAUGAUAAAAUAUUCGAAAAAAAAUGUUCCUGAGUGUAAUUUUAAACGAACGAUUGUAUCUUUCACCCUAGCAUGUAAAUAAAUGAGAAUUUGAUGUUUUACGGACUUAUUAUUGUAUAUCGACGUUAUGUUUUUCUGUGUAACCGAUUUAUUCACUAUGUAUAUCGGGUGAUUCGCGUUCGAUGUUUUAACUUUUGCCACAUCUAUUCCGAGACCAAUGGCAAAAUGGAACACAUAAUUGCAACUACCUUUCCUAACAUCUGAAAAAAUAAUAAACCUUUUUUUCGAAAAUCACUGCCUAAAUAAUGAAUUUAACUCUUGUAGAGUGUUCCAAAUAUGAGUAUCUUUACGAAAAUUUUAGUGUAGUAUCUGUAAUAAAGUAUAGGGUGGUCUAUUUGAAAUUCCAAAGUCGCCAUUAGUCGGGGUUAGAUCUGGGAAAUGUCAUUUUUGUUGCAGAACUUUUAUUAGGUCACUCGAGGUGAAUCGCCCUGUAUUUCUAGCGAUAUCGGUUGAUCCGUGCAAUGUGUUUUCGUUAAAGUUUUCGUGUUUUCAUUUUCGAAGUAUACCAUUUGAACGGUUGUAAAAAAAUUGUCUGUAUAUAUAAAAACUGUACUCCUAAAGUAUGUUUGAGAUUAGAACUAACGCAUCCUACCGACAAAAAGCACUUUUCCGAAGGGGGCCGCAUUUUAGAUAGCCAAUUUUUUCAUUUGGUAUAUAUAUGUACGAAAUUUUUGUAAAAUAGUUGUUAUUUCUUGAUUAGUGACGAUGUUUAAAGUUGAAUGUUUAAAACUAUAUGUAUUUUUACAGAUAUGAAAAUAAUCUUGCUGUAUUACUUGUUUUUAUAUUGUCUGUCGUUUUAAAUAGUAAACGCACUGUAUUAACUACCUAUAACAAGUUUUCGUUGAUAGUUGGAAGUUUUUGUUUUAUGUUAUAGGUUGAUUUAUCGACAAUUCCACCAUGUUUAAAAUUAUGAGAAUUUUAAGCGGAUUAAGUAGAGUGGUUUUUACUUUUCCGCUUUCUCUGGAGUUACAAAAAUUUUCAUAUGAAUUACUUUCCAAGAUUUAUAUAUGAUACAUAACAUAAAACCAAAAUUUAGGUGAAAUACAUUUUACUUAAUUUGGAAAUUGGCGAAAAUGGCUUCGCAAUCCGUACACUAUUACCAUAAUGUUAACUUUUAAAAUUUCAAAUAUACAGGUAGAAUUUUCGAUAAUUUGCCGUAGACGCUUCUGCGCUACGGGUUGUGUUGCACAGUGUGUUCGCUUCCGAAAGAUUUUUAUUUUUUUCAUGUCGAAAUAAUCGCUAUCAUCAUCACUCUAUCUGUGACGCAUCUACAGUGAUGUUACCUAAAAACAUAUCGCAAAUCUUGUUUUUCUUCCGUUGUGAUCUUAUCGAUAAUUUUCCAAAGUAUUUAAAAACAAGUGUAGACAAUAAACACGAAUCAUUUCGGGGAAUCGUUUCUAGAACCGAUUGUUUUGACAGUACCUUAAGCCUGAUAUAUAGUUUUAGUGGCAGCAUAUAUGUAAUAAAUUUGGCAAUAUUAGAUCGCGGUCAAACAUUUAACACCUUCUCAACCGCUGUUAAUAAUAAUAAUAAUAAUAAUAAUAAUAAUAAUGUAUCGGAUAAUAUACGGUGUGUGCCAUUAAAAAAAAUGAGACCUCGGUGCUUACAAAUUUUGAACGUCAUAAACAAAAUAACGACAUCCGGUAUAAUUCUAAAUACAAAAAACUUUUGUUUUUAAACUUUCUUAAUAACCAUUAUAAUUUUACAGAAAAGUAUAUGGGUAACCUUGCGUGAGACAUCCUGUACACAAAAUCCCUCUAAAGCUGACGCAAACACAAAGGUUUAACGAUAAAUUUGACAACGUUUACAAUAUUUUUUUUUACUAUCAUAUUUUAGAGUUUAGAGAAGAGCAAAUUCAGCAUAGGAGUAACUACCCAAAUAAUUGCCCGGCAACAUUUGAUUACGGCCAAACAUAUAACGCCUUCUCGAAUGCGGUAAGCGGCAGCUGAUUGACCAAAACGGCUACUUUGAUAUUGACAGAUUACAACUUUCUAAGUUUUAAACUUCAUCUAUUAGUUUUCUCUAUAAAUGCCCCUACGUAUGUUUAUUUUUAACUUUAGUUUUGCCGUAACUUUUACUGUCAUUGAAACUAUGAUCCAGGCUUUAGUAUAUCGGAAGUAAGAUCGAGUAAAUUGAGAAUCCGUGUCGAAAAUUACGCUUAUAGAUAGCGAAGUUUGAUUGUGUACGUCAAAGGUGAAAACGGGACGAUAAAUAUAAUACCGAUGUACGUAGCUUUAGGUUCUUUUUAUUUAUUCAGAGUUUCGUUUUUGUUUAAACCAAAGAAGGAAAAUAUUUAUAGUUUUACGAUGUAGCUUGGUAAAAUAUCUUUUAGCUGGUAUAACAAUAUAACUAUACGAA